GGACCUCUACUUGCAAUCCCUCCACGCAUAUCAGAAGCAACCACGAAAUGACCAAAUUUCCCUUCCCAAUCUUACUCUUCCAUCCAAAUCCAAGAACAAUAAGCCCACUCAGAAAGGCCCAUUAUAGCCCUAACAAGCCCAAUCCCGCCACCCCAUCGGUUCUCUCACCAGUUGCCGCCACCAACCUCAUCAAAUCCCUCUGCGCGCAAGGGUCGCCCGCACUGGCACGCCGGAUGUUCGACGAAAUGCCCGAGCGAGACGUCGUCGCGUGGACGGCCAUGAUCUCGGGCUACGCGUCCAACGGCCGCCACGAGGACGCGUGGGCGACCUUCCGCCAGAUGACGGCCGACGGCGUGGGCCCCAACGAGUAUACCGUGUCCAGCGUCUUGACGUCGUGCAAGGGGCUGGGGUGGCGCCGCGGCGGGGCGGUGGUGCACGCGGUGGCGGUGCGGCGGGGCGUGGACCGGGGAACGUACGUGGAGAAUGCGCUGCUCGACGUCUAUGCAUCAUGCGGAGGCGGCAGUGAUGACGACGGCAUGGACGAGGCCCGGAAGGCGUUCGAGGAAAUGGCGGAGAGGACGGCGGUCUCGUGGACCACCAUGGUCGCUGGAUACACCCACAGAGGCGACGGGUACGCCGGUGUUCUGGUGUUCCGCCGAAUGGUCCAGGAGGGUGCGGAGCUGAAUCCAUUCACUUGUUCUAUCGCAAUUCGGGCUUGUGCUUCAAUUGGCAGCUUAACACUUGGGAAGCAACUUCAUGUCAUGGUAGAGAAGUCCGGUCAUGGCUUCAAUCUUCCCGUUGCCAAUUCCUUGGUUGACAUGUACUGCAGAUGCAUGAGCCUUGCAGAAGCUAGGAGGUACUUCAAUGAAAUGCCACAAAGGGACUUGAUCACCUGGAACGCCAUGAUUGCCGGGCUGCAGCGAUACAAUUCACAGGAAGCCCUGCAACUAUUUCUCGAGAUAGGUUCAGAAGAUCUGCAACCAAAUUGCUUUACUUUUACUAGCAUUCUAUCAGCUUGCGCAGAUCUUGCAGUCCUACAUUGUGGGCAGCAAGUCCAUGGGGCUAUAGUCAGAAGAGGGUUCACUGGGAACCUCCAAAUGGCUAAUGCCCUUGUAGAUAUGUAUGCAAAGUGUGGAAGCAUAGCUGACUCAAGAGAGAUUUUCAGCGAGAUGAAUCAGAAGGAUUUGAUCUCGUGGACUUCUAUGAUGAUUGGAUAUGGAAUAAAUGGAUAUGGGAAGGAGGCGAUGGACCUUUUUGAUGAGAUGAUUAAUCUAGGAAUCCAACCAGACCAUGUGGUGUUUAUGGUUGUUAUAAGUGCUUGCAGCCAUGCUGGAUUAGUAGAUGAAGGCUUGAAAUACUUUGAUGCGAUGCGUACUGGAUACGAUAUUCCUCCUAAUAGCGAGGUUUAUGGGUGCGUUAUCGAUCUUCUAGGCCGAGCAGGAAGGCUUAUGGAGGCUUAUGAGUUGAUAAAAGAAAUGACUUUUGAAGCUGAUGAAUCAAUUUGGGGUGCUUUGCUUGGGGCCAGCAGGAUGCACAAUAAUGUGGGUUUGGGUAGGUUGGCUGCUCAGAAGAUAAUGGAUUUGAAGCCAGAGGAGACCAAGACUUAUGUCUUACUCUCAAACAUAUAUGCUGCUGGAAGUGAAUGGGGCGAGUUUGCAGAGACUAGGAGGUUGCUGAGGGGGAUGGGGAGUAAGAAGGAGGCAGGAAUGAGUUGGAUUGAAGUGAGGAAUAAGGUAUGCAGCUUUGUUGCUGGUGACAGAAGCAAUCCUUAUGUUGAUCUGGUUUAUGAGAUAUUAGAAAUGCUGGUUCAGCACAUGACUGAAGUUGAAUGUGACUAUAAUUCAGAUGGGUUGCUGCAUGAUUUGGAAGAAGUGACGUAACAAUGUGAAACAAUUGCAUAUUGUCACCAAGACAAGGACUCUGUGGUUUCACAACAAGAACACUUCUAUGAAUCAGCUAGCAAAAAAGGCCACUCAUCAUGAGAUCUUUCUCACAUAACAGAGAGGAAGAUUGGAUGCUGCUGAUGAAAAAGAGAUAUGGAAAAUUACUCAUUCUUUCCACAAUUCAUUCUUUCAAGUGAAUUGUCGGGCUUAAUAACAAGCUAAAUUUGUUUAUUUAUAUUCUUUAACAUGCUGUAUUUUCUUUUGAUUCAUAGGAGAAAAUGAUUAUUAUUAUGCCAAGCAUACGAAUGCCCAAAAUGAUCUGUUGUAUGAUACCGUGUAACAGUGUUCAUGUUUACUCAUGUUAAAGAUAUUAUAUAAAUCUACUCCCAAUACCUGGUACUUUCCAAUGUAA